GGCCCGGCGCGGCGGCUGCGCACUGCGGUUCUGCGCUCUCAUCAUGGCGGCGCGGGGCCAUGUGCAGGACCCCAACGACCGGCGCCUGCGGCCCAUCUACGAUUAUCUUGAUAAUGGCAAUAAUAAAAUGGCAAUCCAGCAAGCAGAUAAACUGCUCAAAAAACACAAGGAUCUUCACUGCGCAAAGGUUCUAAAGGCAAUUGGCUUGCAGAGGACUGGCAAGCAGGAUGAAGCGUAUGCUCUGGCACAAGAAGUAGCAGCACUUGAGCCCACAGAUGACAAUUCCUUGCAAGCACUAACAAUUCUUUACCGGGAAAUGCAUAGACCGGAGCUGGUAACUAAACUGUAUGAGGCAGCUGUGAAGAAGGUCCCCAACAGCGAAGAGUAUCACUCUCAUCUCUUCAUGGCCUAUGCCAGGGUUGGAGAAUACAAGAAGAUGCAACAGGCUGGAAUGGCACUUUAUAAGAUUGUACCCAAAAAUCCUUACUAUUUUUGGUCCGUGAUGAGCCUGAUCAUGCAGUCUAUUUCAGCGCAGGAUGAAAACCUCUCGAAGACGAUGUUUUUGCCACUAGCUGAAAGAAUGGUGGAAAAAAUGGUGAAAGAAGAUAAGAUCGAAGCUGAGGCUGAAGUCGAACUUUACUACAUGAUUCUGGAACGUUUGGAGAAGUAUCAGGAAGCCUUAGAUGUUGUGAGAGGAAAACUAGGAGAGAAGUUAACAAGUGAGCUCCAAAGCCGCGAAAAUAAGUGUAUGGCAAUGUACAAGAAGCUGUGUAGGUGGCCAGAGUGCAACGCGCUGUCGAGAAGGCUGCUGCUGAAAAACUCAGAUGAUUGGCAGUUCUAUAUAACUUACUUUGAUUCAGUGUUUCAACUCAUAGAUGAAUCCUGGGCACCUCCGCUGGAAGAAGAACAGUCUUUGGAAGGAGAGGUACACUAUUCUAUAGAGCAAGCUGUGAAAUUUAUAGAAGAGAGGAUAACAGAAGAAUCCAAGAGCGCUCGGCCACUUCGGGGACCAUAUUUAGCUAAACUGGAGCUGAUUAGACGUUUGCGUUGCAGAGGUUGUAAUGAUGAAUAUAAACUAGGUGAUCCAGAAGAACUAAUGUUCCAAUACUUCAAAAAAUUUGGGGACAAACCCUGCUGUUUUACUGAUCUCAAAGUAUUUGUGGGUCUCCUCCCAUCCAGCCAAUACACGAAAUUCAUCAGUCAAUUGCUGGAAGUAAUCCCCCUGUCAGCGACAGCAGAGAGCGAAGUUGCACUGCCAGCUGAUAUCAAAGCCCUCCAGCAGCACUUGUGUGUGGUGCAGCUCACCAGGUUGCUCGGGAUCUAUCACGCCAUGGAUAAGAAGGAAAAGCUGACUGCGGUCCGCGAGUUGAUGUUAAGAUACCGCCAUGGAUUGGAGUUCGGGAAAACAUGUUUGAAAACUGAGUUGCAGUUUUCAGAUUAUUACUGUCUGCUUGCAGUUCACCUGCUGCUUGAUCUGUGGCUAGAGGAAGGUGAAGAAACAGCUGUGUGGCAGUGCCUCACUUUCUUAGAAGAAGGGUUAUCUCAUAGUCCUUCUAAUGCUCAGUUUAAAUUGCUGCUAAUUCGAAUCUACUGCAGGCUUGGUGCAUUUGAACCUGUUGCGGAGCUCUACUCCAGCCUUGAUGCAAAACACAUACAGCACGACACCAUCGGCUAUCUUCUGACACGCUAUGCAGAGUCGCUGGGCCAUUAUGCUGCUGCAUCCCAAUCCUGCAAUUUUGCACUCAGGUUUUUCCACUCCAACCAGAAAGAUACCUCAGAAUAUAUCAUUCAAGCCUACAAGUACGGCGCGUUUGAGAAGAUCCCGGAAUUCAUUGCAUUUAGAAACCGGCUGAAUUCCUCCCUUCACUUUGCGCAAGUUCGCACAGAACGGAUGUUGUUAGACCUCUUACUUGAAGCAAAUAUAUCAACCAGUUUAGAAGAAAGUAUCAAGUCCAUGAGUCUGAGUCCAGAAGAGGAUGACAUUCCGUGGAAAGAUUUGCGUGACAACAGAGAUCUGACAGUCUUGUUUAAUUGGGAUCCAAAAGACAGGGACAUUUCUGAAGAACAUAGGAAACUCUCACUGGAAGAAGAAACCAUGUGGUUGCGAAUCCGGUCUUUAACUUUAAGGCUAGUAAGCGGACUCCCAACUCUUAGUCACACUAUUCAACCAAAGAACUCUGAAAAGACUGCAGAGAACGGCGUCUCAUCCAAGAUUGAUACAAUUCGAUCUCUGCUUCAGCAGCUGGAAGCGGCAGUGGAUUCAGGGAAGAAGUUUCUAGAACAAAAAAUUCAGUAUCCUGUCCUUGGCCCUCCUCCUACCCGAAUGGCUGGCUUCUUCAGUAAUGGCAGCUGUCAAUGCCUGACUAGCUUGUUUUAUCUUGUUAGUGAUAUUUAUGAACUAGAUACCAAUGGCUUAGAAGAUUCAGCAGAAAUCCAGGAGAGGAUAGGGAAUAGUUUCAAAUCUUUAAUAGAACGACUAACAGACUUGUUCAAUAAAUGUAAAGGUGACUUGAUUGAAGUCAGAGAUGGCACCUUGAAAACUCAGCCAAACCUGUUAGAAAACUUAGUCUUCUUUGUUGAGACGAUCUCCAUCACCCUGUGGGUAUCAAGUUACUGUGACAGUGUCCUCCGACCUUUUAAAUCCAACCUGCAAAAAAAGAAGAAGAAAAAAAAAGAAAGCAGUGUAGCUAUGCCACCUGUAUUUACACACUUUCUGGACUAUGUUACCGAACUACAGACGUUAACUUCCAAUGUAAUAGAUCACAUCAAAGGGCUUGAAAUAAUUCUGACUGCACUAAAACUUGAAGAGUUGUCCCUCAAGGACACUCUGCUUUUACAGGAAGAAAAAAAGUUUACAAAGACUGUGCAAGGAAAGGUCCAGAGCAGUUACCAUCACUCAGUUCAGGAAAUUGGAGAGCUGCUGAAAAAGAGACUUGACACUAUUAAAAAACUAAAGAUUUGAGAAAUCCUUGACAGACUCCACAGGGGAGUGACACCAGAGUCCCAGACAGAAGCAACAUCCGAUAUACCAUCACUUUAAUCCAGAACUUCCUCAUAAUGCAUGAAGGACUUAAAAUCAUAAAACAGUUUUUCUAGGUAUUACAGAUGUAUUCAGCUGACUUAAAUUAUUGUAUAUAAACAAGAAGCAGGGACCCUUCUCGGGGUUUGACCACUUUUUAUACAUGUUCAUAAGCAUAUUACAACAGGAGAAAAUUUAACUUUCUUCCCUUUUGAUCUCUAGAAGCAACUGGAGAUGGUCUUUAGAAGCAGCAAUAGAAAUCCAGUGUAAAGUA